AUGGUUCAAUAUGUGGUAGAAUGGUUACCAAGGAUACAGAGCAUUUCAGUGGUAGUAGAAGGUUGGAAGCAGGUGGAGAUAAAGAACUUGAAGGACACACUCAUGAGCAUAUCUGGUGAUGAAGAACAAGUUGAAGAUAUUUUACUUCCAGUAGAAGUUGAAGAAAAAGUAGACGCUUCUUACAAGUUCAAAAACAGAGGUAAAGACUUAGAAUGGAUGACGAAGUUAAGAAGCAAAUCCUCUAAGAUAUAUGACAGUUCUAUCAUGUCGCUUCCAGAUGGAAGAUGGACUAAAGAAGAGCUUCGCUCAGAUUCUGAUUUCUCGAUAGAAUGUCUUAACUGUAAGCAAAAAAUUAUAAGCAAAGAUAACUGUCAAGUUUUGAAUGAUAUGCCUUCAGAGUUUUGGUUCGAGUUAAUGGAUUAUUGGCAUUGCCACAAACCCGAUGUUAAGGAAGACAAGUCUUCCUACACAAGAUUUGAAACGCUAAAACCAUCUAAAAACGAAAUUUUAAUUGGAAGCUCUUAUUUUCAAGGCACUCCUGCGACUUUUGAAAAUGUAGCGACUACAAAGGAAAAUGAUAAUGUUUUAUGCAUAAAGUGCUCAGCAGUGUUAGGCCAAGUAACUGCUGGUUCGCUUUAUAAACUACACAAAUGGAAACUGCAGUUAAUACGCAGUGGAAACACAUACAAAUUUCCUCCAGAAUGUGACAUUACAAUUUCUUUAAUAAACGUAGUUAAGGCAAACUCUUGUCGUUACGUACUAGUAAAAUGUAAAACGGAAUCAUUGCUAGUUUGGAUAUUUUCCGUUGACAUUGGAGUCACAUUGACGGGAAACAAAAGCUUCAAGAGAGCGAUGAAGUUGCUUUACACAAACAGCGUUACCACAAUAAAUCGAUGUCUCAAUCGACAAGUCGUCGAGGAAUUAGAUUUCCAAGAAACAUCGUUUAAUGCUUUUUACAGCGCCCUUCAACAUACUAAUGCACUUUUACCCUCAAGCAUGAAAAAAAUUGGUGAAUGGACCAUUAGCUAUACAUCACUAAUCUAA